CGUUGCCAUGGUAGCCAGGGCCGCGUUGCCGGAGCGCGUCUCCCGGACCGCGCUGUUUCUGCUGGGCGCUGGCGCGGGUGCCGUAGCGGAGCGGGGUCUCCGUCUGCGGGAGCGCCCCUGCCGCUCUCAGCGGGCAGCGGGGCGCCGCCCGAGCGCGUCAGGAUGAAGCAUAAGGAUUCGAUGUGUACCAGCCCGCGUGUCGGGGGUCCUCCUGUGGCUUCGCGGGAGACGGUGGAGGCGGUGACCAAAGGAGCGGAGCCCUGGCGCUGCCCCAAGCCGGCCACGUACACCCCGGGGACCUGCGAGCUGCUCCGAGUGAUGAUGAAAGAAUCCAAGCUGACCAACUUCCAGCAGCGCCACAUCAGGGACACCAUGAAAAGAGGGGGAGCCUUGCCCCUGCAGUGCAGCCCUACGUCCAGCCAGAGGGGCUCACCUUGCAAGCAGCCGGCCCCGGCCAUCUACCUGCCCCCCAUCCUGGCAGCCAGGACCCACCUGCGGCCCGCGAGCCUCUGCCAAGCCAACGGGGCCUACAGCCGGGAGCAGUUCAAGCCUCGGGCCACGAGAGACCUGGAGAAGGAGAAGCGGAGACUCCAAGACCUCUUUGCCACGGGGAAGGACACAGAGGAACGGAGGAGAAAGGCACCCCCGGUGCGGCAGGACCCGGGCCCCGAGCUGGACCGCUUUGAAGAAUUGGUGAAGGAAAUCCAGGAGAGGAGAGAAUUCCUGGCCGCCAUGGAGGCUCUGGGACAGGGCAAGCAGUACCGAGCCAUCAUCCUCGCCGAGAUCUCCCAGGUAGGAGACAGCAUCGGGGAGCCGCACCCAAGUGUGGGGCCAGAGACGCGAGGACAGGCGGGCCGGGGGCAGCCGCGGCUCUCGGGGCCACACUCUGGCCCCCCGAGCUCCAGCCCCGACACCAGCUCCCUGUUGCCCUUUGCAGAAACUGCGGGAGAUGGAAGACAUUGACCGCAAGCGGAGCGAGGAGCUUCGGAGGGCUGUUGCCAUCGCUUAGUCAGCCCCGGAGCCCGGCCUUGGCCACUGGACCUACCCCUCGCCACGCAGGGUCAUCACCCAGUCAGCCCAGCCACUCUGGCUUCCAGCCAUGUCGCAUGGCCACACAGCACUGCCCUGCCUGGGGGAGCCCAGGGUGCCCACAGCACCCUGGACGCUGCCCAGGGACACCACAGCCCUACUCUCGGAGCCACUGAGACCUGCAGCCUCAGACAGACUGAACGGUUUCUCGGGAAAAGGGCCCCAGUCACAGCGAAAGCCACGCCCACGUCCUGCGACCUUGUCCAAGGUCACCCAGGGGCUCUCCUCCUUCCCACCCCCUCCAGCCUGUGCAUCCGGGAAUGAAAACAAUUCCUUUCAUCACACCUAUCUUAGGACCAACGAAUUAGACUUCAUACAGCCUUGGGCAAAUGUUUGACAACUAAUUGACCAAUAGAAUACAUUUAACUUGGGUCACCGCACGCACUGCCUUGUUUUCAGAGGGCUAAGGCUUAUUCAGUGAGUGACACCCCUGCACAGGUGCGUGUCCAGCGACCUACUGGGACGUUUCGAGUGCCAAUGAAGCAACACUCAGGAGCACUUGAAUUUCUGUAAACUUGAGAUAAUGGUGGUAGAAAAUAAAGCUCUCAAGGUCUUGCA